UGUCCUAUUAUAGCGAAACCCAUACGUUUGGGACCUAUAAUGGCAAAUUUCUCCGUUUCACAUGUUCUGCUCGAGUUUCUGAAUCUGCCGGACAGCCGGAGGGUGGUUUCGCACCGAUUCUCUUCAGUCUUCCAUAUGUGUUAUCAGAUUGUAGGCCAGCCAAACGAGUUUACAAAGUGAUUUUGAUUCAUCACCUAAAAAAUUUCUCGAGAGAAUCUAGAUCUGAAGUAUUUCUACAAGAACUUGGGAUUGAGGAACGGUGAGGAGUGAAAAGAAAAGGGUAUUAGACCAUUUCCAUUCACAAAACGGGGAGUCACGGUCACUCCCCCAGCCCCUCGAAAACGAGAUCUGGUGUUCUCUAUACCUUGGUCCAUUGGUCGAUAACUCGAUAUACGCCGCCAUGAAUCUUCCUGGGGCGCUCCGGUGCUGCAGAAUGCGAGUCCCAGGAGGUCAACGCCACGAUGGCUGGCCGUGGGGCACUGCCGCCGGCUACCAGGAGCGGCGGCGGCUUGGGCUGGCUGAUUCGUCAGCGCAGGCUGUGUGUGGCGGCAGCGGGCUGUUUCCGCCUCAAGUCUGGUGUCAUGAGUAAUGCGGCAGAGUUGUCAUUCAGAUAACGUGUUAUAUGUUACACUCGAGUUUACACUGUGGCAGGCAAGCAACCACCCAUAGCAUUCCUAUCACUGUGCUUGGUUGCACAUGGAUCACCAAGGGGACAAUCUUAGAGAUUUCUUUCAAACUAAUGGGCGUCAGGUGCUUCAAAGAGUGGAAAACAACUACAGCUUGAAAUAUUUCACAGAAAAUGAGAUACGAAACAUAACCGAUGGGUAUAAGUAUAUUCUGGGAAGAGGUGCAUUUGGUGAGGUCUACAAAGGAACGCUAGAAGACCAAUCCUCUGUUGCUGUGAAGAGAUAUAUACAUGGGACCCACAAAGAGGUGUUUGCCAAGGAGGUGAUAGUGCACUCUCAAAUAAACCACAAGAAUGUUGUCAGACUCGUGGGCUGCUGCACAGAAGAAAAUUCUCUAAUGAUUGUCAUGGAGUUUAUCUCUAACGGGAACCUUGACAGCAUACUUCAUGGCAGCAGCACUAACAGUCGGGUUCCCUUCCCUUUGGACAGAAGAAUAAAAAUUGCCAUUGAGGUUGCUGAAGUAUUGGGGUGCAUGCAUUCCAUGUAUAGUCCUGUUCUUCAUGGUGACAUCAAACCAGCUAACAUACUGCUAGACAAAAAUUUUACACCAAAGAUAUCAGAUUUUGGAAUUGCAAGGCUCCUUUCUGCUAAUGGGCCCCAGCAAACUACUACUGUCAUUGGUUCCAUAGGUUACCUUGAUCCAGCAUACUGUGAGAGUGGAAUUCUAACCCCAAAGAGUGAUGUUUACAGCUUUGGAGUGGUUUUGCUGGAAGUUAUCACAAGGAAAAAAGCAGUGGAUGGGGCCAUUACCCUUGCUCAAAGUUUUAAUGAGGCUCUUACAAAAGGGGCAGAUGUGCAGCACAUGUUCGAUGAGGAAAUCAGUGUUGCAGAAAACAAGAAGUUUCUUAUAGACAUUGGACAGUUAGCAGCUAAAUGCUUGCGGAGGGACGUUAAAACACGUCCUGAAAUGGUUGAAGUAGCUACUAGUCUAAGGAUGAUCAGGAAAGCUAUGCAGACAGAGCAGGAUGUACUGUUAGCAGGAUACCAAUUUGGAGAUCUAAAAAUUUUCAAUAAAACCGAAAUGAAAAAAAUGACAAAAAACUACAGCAUGGCCUUUAGGAAAACAACGUUUGAAUGUCUCUACAGUGGAGUCCUCGGCAAAAAAUGUCCAAUUAUAGUAAGACAACUUAAGAUAUGUUCAGAAACUGACAGAGAGAUAUUUCUGAACACUAUGAGCAUAUUGAGUCAAAAGAAUCACAAAAAUGUUGUGAAUGUUGUUGGCUUCCACUUAGGGAAAUCUAGUUUAGAGUGUGUAUAUGAGUCUUCCUGUGACCUAUACAAGACAAUGUUUGGCUCUAUAUCGUUUUCUAACAGAAACCUUUAUGACACUAUCUGCUCCAUGGAAAAACUUCCUCUUCAUCAACGUUUGUCAAUAGCAGUCCAGUGUGCAGAGGGCCUGGUUCAUAUCCAUUCAUUAGCAGCUGAAAAUCCUGAUUCAUGUGGCACCAGCCUCUUAGGAAACUUCAGAUCUGCCAAUAUAUUUCUAGACAAGAACUUUGUCCCAAAAAUCUUCAAUGUGAACCUGUCAACAUUUGUUGGAAGUUUAGUUGCACCGGAAAAUAUUGUGUUUCCUAUGCAUGACAAUGGACCAGAAAACUAUUAUUCAGACCCAAGGAAUGCUUCUGGUCAACUUUUUAACCAAAAAUCUGAUGUUUAUAGUUUUGGAGUUGUUCUUUUAGAGCUCAGCACUUGGAAGACAGUGAGAUACAUGUAUGAUGGUAGGGCGCAUGUGCUUACCACGGACUUCCUUGAUUCUUAUACAAGAGACCGUAAUGCAAUUAAAAAUUUUGGCAAGGUUUGUGAUGAACAUGAGGGGCACUUUGUUCAUGAGGCCAUUGCCAAUGCCAUUGAUUGCUUGCAACUUGAUAUCCAAAUGAGGCCAGAAAUGAAUUAUGUACUUUCCCGUCUCCAGAUCAUUGCUUUUGGAAGCAAACUCGCUGCUGGUAGUAACAAUAAACCUAGCCAACGCACGUGUCCUGCCCCUAUUAGCAACACUGAUAAACCUCAUCCAAGUCUCAUAUCGACCAUUUCCCUGGAGGAACUGAAUGAAGUAACCAGGAACUUCAGUGAUGAUGUACUUAUAGGACAGGGGCAAUUCGCCAAAUGUUUCCUGGGAAUUCUUAAAGAUGGUCAGAAUUUUGCUGUAAAAAGGCUCAGCACUUCUAGAGAAAUUCAAGUACAGGUUCCGACUAUUUUAAGAAUGUGUUACCAUGAUAACGUUGUGCAACUUCUUGGAUAUUUUCUUGAAGGGAACACCCGUGUUGUUGCUUAUGAGUAUGCACCAAGGGGCUCCUUGCACGAUAUUCUUCAUGGUAAAAAGGGUGUCAAGGGAGCCCGACCAGGACCACCUCUAUCAUGGUUGCAGCAUGUGAAGAUUGCCUUAAGUGCUGCAAAAGGCCUCGAGUUCCUCCAUGAGAAGGUUGAUCCUCCCAUCAUUCACGGCAACAUCAAGUCCAGCAACAUACUUCUCUUUGACAAUGAUGUUGCAAAAAUAGGUGAUAGUGGUGUCUCAGUAGCCCCUUGGUCGCAUGAUUAUUACGGCUAUACUACUGUGUGGCGCAAGUCCGAUUCUUUCUGGGAAGCACCUGAGUGCGCAAAGAAUAGAGAGUAUAGCACAAAGAGUGAUGUCUACAGCUUCGGGAUUGUACUGUUGGAGCUUUUAACUGGCCGUAAAGUAAUUGAUUAUACAAUGCCACAUGACCAGUGGAGCCUAGUUACAUGGGUGCAGGCUACACAAAGGCUUAGAAAAGACAAGGUGGAACAGUACAUAGAUCCAAGGCUUGGAGGAGGAUACCCACGGAAGGCUGUCAGCAAGAUGGCUGCUGUUGCUGCCCUGUGCUUACAGGACGAGCCAGACUACCGGCCUAGAAUGAGCAUCGUCGUCAAGGAUCUGAGCCCGUUACUGGACAGCAAGUGAAGAAGUAACCAUCCCUGCAUUGUUGAAGCACCUGGAAUGUAAUUUCAUUGUGUCAUUGCGAGUUCAAGAUUACACUCGCAGGGGUUUCGUGCAGGUGAUUGGUGUGGAACAGAAUCACAUUACUGCAUUCCCUUAGACUUGGAAACUUUGCUUUGUUUCAGAAACUCUGUACAUAUUACUUAGACUUGUUACAAUGGAUCAUCGUCCUGAUCUGAUGCAUCUGUGUGCAAAUGCUGAAUCAUAUUGUACAUGAUUAUUACUCGGGUUCUGUUAGGUUAGGACUGCAUCUCCACAAGUGUCUCCUACAGCUGUGUUGCCGGGCAAGGAACAGGCUUGGCGCGUGGAAGGAGGACACGGGCUGUCAAGAGGAACAUGUAAUAGGUCCUGCUAAGCGUAGUGGCGUGUGGGUAUUAGUAUGCUGGUGUGCGUGAUGCAGAGGCAUCGAACAGAACUGUAACAAAACUCUGUUUCCUACCUAAGCAGACCUCGUCUCGUCUCGGCC